AUGGAUGUGUCUUUGCCAUCGGUGUGCAUCUCUGAUUCAGCCAUCAUGGGACGAGAAUCGAUUGAUGAUCAGAGUGGGGAGGCAGAUUUAGAUUCAUUAUACCAGAAGUAUACUGACAGGAUGCGAUGGAUUGGACACAGUAUGAUAACUGAUGCUGAGCAGAGGGGUCUUAUUACACCAGGGAAGAGCAUUCUGGUGGAGCCAACUAGUGGAAACACUGGCAUUGGACUUUCAUUUAUAGCUGCUUCAAAAGGAUAUAAGCUCAUAUUGACAAUGCCAGCCUCAAUGAGUCUAGAAAGAAGGGUUCUUUUUAAAGCCUUUGGAGCUGAGCUUGUUUUGACUGAUUCUGCUAAGGGGAUGAACGGAGCAGUUCAGAAAGCUGAAGAAAUUUUGAAUAGCAUGCCAGGUGUGAACCCUAUUGGCGUCCACAAUGUCCUCGAAGUUUCUGACACAGAGUUCUUGUUUUAG